AUGGCAAAAACAGAUCUCGGUGAUCUUUGUGGGCGAUUUCUAACAUCACGUUUUACUAAGCAAACACAAUCAUCCAAUUCAAAAUCAUCGUUAAACAAUGGUCACAUCGCGAAUGAACACAAACGUCACUCAAUCCUCACGCAGAAGCUUUUGUUUAAACCUUAUAAAAAGAAUCCACUUGAUCAACUACGUAAACGCUAUUCAAAUCUACUUGGUUCGCUAAUUAAUGAAAAUAUCAAACCGAUCGUUGCGACAGCGACGACGACGACUACAUCUACGAUUGCCAAAAACUCUUCAGUACCGAAAAAAACUUCAUCAUUGAUGAUGAAUUGGGAAUUAUUGAAAGAUCGUGGAUCGGGAUUGAUUAAUCUUGGCAAUACAUGUUUUAUUAACGCUUCGCUACAAUGUUUAGCCAAUACUCCACCGCUCGUUCAGUGGCUUUUGUCGAACUCUCAUCAUCAGCAUUGUCGAAUGAAAUUAGAAAAACAGUUUUGUCUGUUUUGCGAAGCUGAACGAAUUGUUAAAUUAAUUCAUUCCAAAGCCGCCUAUUCGUCGUCAUCAAUGGGUCCAGCUAACCCGAAUAAUCUUGUCCGACGAAUAAAAGAUAUAUCGAAAACUUUUNUACAAUGUUUAGCCAAUACUCCACCGCUCGUUCAGUGGCUUUUAUCGAACUCUCAUCAUCAGCAUUGUCGAAUGAAAUUAGAAAAACAGUUUUGUCUGUUUUGCGAAGCUGAACGAAUUGUUAAAUUAAUUCAUUCCAAAGCCGCCUAUUCGUCGUCAUCAAUGGGUCCAGCUAACCCGAAUAAUCUUGUCCGACGAAUAAAAGAUAUAUCGAAAACUUUUCGUUUCGGACGUCAAGAAGAUGCUAGUGAAUUUCUCAUUUGUCUUAUCGAUAAAAUCGUCGAAGCUUGCCUUCGUUCGUCUCAGCCGCCUGAACGCUUGCGGCCAUCAUCCGGUACUUCCUACGACCAAUUGUGCCAUUCUCAAACGUUUCUUCAUGAAUUAUUCGGUCUCGUUCUUCGUUCGCGUGUUGUCUGCUCGCGUUGUCAUCAUACAUCGGAUACAUUCGAAGUACAAUAUACUUGGAUUGUUGGUGUGCGGAAUCAUUCAGAUUUAAGGCAAUCACUCCACCAGUUUGUCUGUCGUGAAACGUUAGCAGGUGAAAACUUGUAUCGGUGUAUGAAAUGUAAACAGUUAGUACCAGCGAUAAAACGGUAUACAUUACACAAAGCACCGAAAAUUUUGCUCAUCAAUUUUAAACGUUUCGAAUUUGGCAAAAACUCACAUAAACUAUCACAUCUCGUUCGUUAUCCUGAACACCUUAACGUUAAACCGUAUAUGAGCGAAGAAAAUUGCAAUGAUCAAUCGUUAAAUUAUCGUUUAUAUGCUGUUUUGGUACAUGUCGGUUCAUCAAUGCAUUCCGGACAUUACUAUUCUUAUGUACGUUCGCCAAAUAAUCGUUGGUACAAAGCCGAUGAUUCAACAAUGACUCAAUGUGAUCUAAAUCAGGUGUUAACACAACAUGGUGCUUAUAUUUUGUGUUAUAUCAAUGAAACCGAACCAGCAAUAGGAAAUCAUGUGACCAAUGGCAUCACAUCAAUGAAUAAAACAAUCUAUCAAAAUGGAAAAUUGAAUAACAGUGAACAAAGAACGACUACAGCAACAACUAAUUCGAAGUUUUUCACACCACAUUUGUUAUGA